CGCAAGAAUGUCUCAGAACUACCCAUCGUGUGUCGUCGACCCCCUGGGCACCGUCGCUGCGCUUUUUGACGCUGCAACCGGAACUUCGGAACCAGACGGCGACGGCGACUGGGGGGUCUCCGCCGUUUUUGAGGAAGCGCUCGCCGUACCCGGAGUGCUCGAAACGAUCCCGGAGAUCAACAAUAUUGGCGUCGAUGCUGUGCGCCAAGGAACAUUGGUCCGUUUUCGCUGCAUGGUGCAGGAUAUGUACAAUCCGGAGUUUUAUGUUGGCGCCUACAAAGACGAAACUACCCUUGGACGCUGGAAGACGACGAAGUAUACCGAAGAGGUUGAGCCCGUGUUGGGCAGAGGAAGCUCGCGCGAACAAAAAAUAUGGGAGAGACGCAUUCUGUACUGUGUGCCUAUUCCAGGCGAGAGCGUCUGGCUGCGGCGGUUGGAUAGCAAACGCGAUAGUGUUUACCCAUGGAAAACGUGUGCAACAUCUAUAUGUGCAAAAAGACCGAGGGGCGAAAACGUGGUGCCGUGUGACGAAGCAGAACAAAAGCUUGGUACUUGCGCACAUUUCGCCACAACGUUAAUAUCUGAGUCAAAACUGAAAUCGCUCCAUACGAGGUCGAUAGACACUGCCGAUGUAGAACAGGCAAAAAGGAGUACCGACGGAGAAACGCUUAAGGCUGUUUUGAAUCUUCCCCUUGGCAACGUGAGCGAUGUAAAUUCUAUAGGUCAACUACCUGCUUCCACACCGUGUAUUGUGAAAAUGUACGGGGGCGAUUGCAAGCUGAAGCUGAAUGAUGUGGUUGAGUUAGUUGGCGUGUUAUCUAUCGUGCCCGGGCUGUCCUCUGAGCCGGAACGUGCAGAUGCAGAGGGCGCAUUUACGACGAAGAGUAGCAAUAAUGCGGUGACAUUUCAGCCCAUGAUGGACUUUAUGGAGGAAGAACGUGCACGCAAUCCUCCGACGUCCUUGGUCCCUCGCUUCCACGCCAUCAUUUUCCGUUCAACUUCGACACACGAGUUUGUUUCCAGGGCUGGGCUAUAUCCGAUUGCAGCGUGUGAGGCACUUUGUCUAAUGCGAAAAUCUGAACUUUUUGCCCGCAGGGCGAAAGUGCGUGCUGCAUUGAUCGAUCACCUUUCGGCACCGCUCGGUAAUGAUGCCACUGCUGCUGAGUAUGUCCUCUAUGCGUUGCUUUCUCGCGUUCAUGUACGCACAGAUGCAAUACCAAUCGGCAAAUUUUCCGUAACUUUACUUGGUGUCCCUGUUGAUAACGAGCCUGGAAACAGCGGUGAUGGUGGUAUGACAGUCGCGCGGGCACUUGCCGCGGCUAUCGCUGACAUUGCCCCUGCAGUCGCAUAUCUCCAACUUACGCUAGGGAGCCUCAAUUCCCGGCAAUGGGUGCCCAAAAAAGAUUAUGGCACCGAUCGGCUGCGCUCUGGUCCACUGCAACUCGCUUCAGGAACAUGCUUGAUUUUAGACGAAACAAGGCUUUCCACUGGAAAGCUAGGUGAUAUCGGUGUGCGUAAUGUUAACGCGUUGAAAGAGUUCAUUGAAAUGCAAGAGGUAGAGUACGACUUCGAGUACCACCAGAUGAAAUUACCAGUUGAUGUUCCCACAAUCGUAGUUUCAACGGUGCCAACAAAAUCGGUUGUGGCAGAGACCGAUUCCAAGGUGCCUCUGCAAAUGUCGGUCAAACCAAGAGUGUCACCCAUCGUGGCUCCAGAGCUCUUGAAAGAAAUGAGAGAGUUUGUUGCUGCUGCUCGUUUGUCCAACCACACCAUAAGUAGAGAAUCGAGCGAAUAUAUUGAAAGGGAGAUGGUAGCUGCUCAGCAGAGAGAAGGUAAUGAUAAGGCAAAAGAGAAGGAUUUGCAUCGAUGGUUGACGAUGACGCGGCUGACAGCGCUAAGUAUGGGUGAAACCGACAUGAAUGCAGAACACUGGAAGAAGGUUUUGGAGUGCGAACGUGCCGUGAGUAAGCGGACGUGCCGUGCGUGUGAUGAUUGCUGAGUAUAACAUGUGGGUACAGCACGUGACAUGCACGUGUAAUAUCAGCACAGCGAUAAAUAGAUGCAUUCAGAGGUUCAAACUGAAGGAAGCAGAAAUUCCAUCAUACUUUUUCUAGCUAGGUCUGUUGUGGUAUAACAACUUCCGUCUCGUAUUUGAAUUAGGAAAGAAAGUCGCACAGGAAACUGUUGUGCAAAGACUC